GCUCUGUUCUGUCUCCUUGCUACUCAAUUCUCCCUCGCUGCUCAAUUCUCCCAUCUCUGUGGAGCUCUGUUCUUUCUCCUUGCUGCUCAAUUCUCCCUCGCUGCUCAAUUCUCCCAUCUCCUCCCUGUGUAUCAUUGCCUGAAAAGGGGACGGCCAAAGAUUUGGCCAUGAAGAGCCAUCCGUACCCAGACAUGCAUCAUGGCAUUCGGGUACCGCCUCAAGCGGCAUGGGAGGCAAGAUCCGAGGAUCUCGGGGCACAGAGCAAGCUGCAAGCGGUUGAAGAAGCGGUGCAGAAGCUCCAAGUCUCUCUGCAGCCUGACAACGCCUCGGACGCAUCAGCAAAGGGAUCAGACACUCUGCAGCUAUUGGAUGAAGCGCAGGCAGGAGUCCAGAAGCUGAAAGCCCAGCUGGGUUACCUACUGACAAAGCUCUCCAGGGGCUGGACGUUUUUCAAUGGGAACCUCUAUUACUUUUCACAAGAAAGGAAGCCGUGGGAUGAGGCCGAGCAGUUCUGUGUGUCUCAGGACUCGCACCUGACCUCUGUCUCCUCCCAGGCGGAACAGGAGUUUCUCUCCAACGAGACCAAGGGAGAAGCUCACUGGAUUGGACUCACCGACCGGGAGACAGAGGGCAGCUGGCACUGGGUGGAUGGCACAGAAUACAGAGCAGACGCAAGCAGGGGGUUCUGGGCGGAGAAUCAGCCAGACAACUGGGAUCAGGGGAUUGGAGGCAGAGAAGACUGUGUUCACAUCAAUCCAAUCAACCGGAAUUUGUGGAAUGAUAUCAACUGCACUGAGCCUUUCAGGUGGAUUUGUAAGCAGGCCCAUGGACCAGCUGGGAUGUGACAUGCAGGUCCCAGCACCUCAGAAAGCCACCUUAAUUUUCUAGCUAGAAUAUUUCCCAGCCACCUGCCGAUGAGGCGCCCUGGGCACUGGAGGGGGCCGCAUGGGAUGUGCAUCGUAGGGACGCUUUGUCUUGCUGUGAUAUUUCUGCUUGUGGCAGCAACAGCUGCCCUUAUGCCACUCAGUGUGGCUGGCUCUGUAAUUUGUAUGUUUCCAGGUCUGUCACUGAAUAACAUCCUUGGA